GCUCUUUUUGGUAGUUACUUUCAAGUAGCUGCAGUAUGUGUUAAUAAGAUGGUUAUGUGUUGAUAUACAUAUGUGUCAGUAACGACUGUAACGAGUAACGAGAGUGAGAGACGGACAGUCGCGUUAGUCGUGAGCUUCUUGUGCUUGUCCCCAGAGAUUGUCCCUUUCCCCCCAAGUUCUAUGCAAUACCAUAUUCAUCCCCUGCCCUAAUUUUGUGUGUGCAAAAUAUUAUUUGAGUCAAGUCCACGUCUAUUGGUGUGCGGAGGGGACAACGACCUUCUGCCUGCCUACCGGCUCCAAGUGCGAAAAAGGGGAACUCACUUAAAGUCCAGAUGCAGCGGUGAUGUGCGGAGCACAGGUGACAGCGAUAACAACGGCAGCAGUAACAGCUUCGAGCCACGGGACGCCGACAUGACGAAGAUUAUGGGAUGGUUAACGAGGACGAGGAGGCGGCUCGGUUGGCUGGUGCUCGUCCUCGUCAUCCUCAUCGCGGGCCUGUUCAUCGACCCCUGUGACUCCAAGAUAUCGAACCUGAGACAGUGUUACGACGAGACCUGCUCUGAGAUUGUGUCCUUGGGCAAGACUACCAUACCUUAUCAUUCCAAGGACCCAGAUGUGCUCAGUUUUCCUGCGAAUGCCGAUGUCAAGAUUUUCAGUAAACAAGCUGGAAAUAGGAGUGAUCUGUGGGGUGUCGAGAUAAGAAAUAAGCGUGGAUAUGCUCCCUCAAAGUUCAUCAGAGAAACGAGGAUCUUGAAAAGAAAUUUGAACUUUACAGUGCCUACGGAAAACGGUUUAAAAGCUGCAGAAAGACCUGUUGAUGAAACUCAAGAGUCUAAUACUAAUACUGUGGAUGUUCAAGCUCAGGUGCAAACAGAUGCAUAUAACAAAAGUGAAGACACCAUAGACCCACAGGAGAUUUCUCCUUCUUAUGUAUCCAUCUAUGAUGGAACUGUAAUCCCCCAGGAUAUUAAAGAAGUAACACCAUCACAGCCAAGCUAUUCAACUCAAACUCUGCAAGACCAUAUCAAAUCAGAAGAGGAAGUCCAAUUGAAUGUCUAUCCAAAUAUCCUAAGUUCCACUUUUUCUGCAAUAUCAGAUAUUUUAAGAGGUUCCAAAGAUUCUUCCAAUGACGUUGGUGCUGAAGUUGCGUCCUCUGAAAGUAGUAUAUCUGAGCAGACAACUGAGGAAACACCAACAAUUGAAAAUCUUGAUGAAUCUAGUAUUAUUUCUGAAGAAGAGUCAAAUUUACCGGAAUCCGUAUUACCAGAAAGCCAAUUUGAAAAUGUUACUGUUGAAGAGCUGGUAAUAGAACCAAAAGUAAGUGAAAAUGUUGUUAGUGAUGCUACCUUACUGGUAGAUGCAUCUACAGAUGAGAGUACAAUAAGUAAAAAUGAUGCAACUGUUCAGAGUGCUGAGCAAAGUGAAGCCCAUGACGCAGUGGUCCAUGCAGACGAAAUAGUUGAGAACAAUGCUGAAACUGUCAGGUCAGUCGAGUCUGAAAUUAGUGAAAGCAGCAUAGAAGCACCCCUACCAUCAGAAAAUGGGAGUCCUAUUGAUGAUUACGUGACAAACAUUGUAAAAGAGGAAGCCAAAAUUCCAGCUGAUGAAUAUGAUGUUACUGUGCCAAAGGUAGUUGAAGUAGUGUCAGUUACUAAUAAUUCAGUUACUACUGAAGCUGAUGCUACUACGUUUCCAAAUUCGAUAACAGAUAAGCAAGAAGUUAUUUUAGAUAGUAUCAAUUUAGUAAAAACUGAGGUUACUACCUCUAAAGUGCCUUUAAAGCAAGAAAUUGAAGAAGAAACGGUCCUAGCGGGUAGUGAGCCUCUCAGGCCCGUUGCAGAACCUUCUUUUCAGUCAAGUCAUUCCAUAAACGAUAGCACGCCAAUCGAAAAUACUAGUAGUGUCAAAGUUUUUCAAUCUAUACUUGAAGUUAAUGCAACAGAUGGCGAAAAUGUGAACGUUGCAAGUUAUGCUACUAGUCAUGUACCUACGCACCUUCAAAAUGAUUCUGUUGUUGAGAGCAUGGUUUCUGGCUCUCAAUCAGCAGGUUCCAGUCAAGAAAGUAUUGUUGAUGUACAACCGACUUCGAGCUUUAGCAAAUUUCCAGGCGAUCGAAAUUUGCUGAAUGCUGCUGAAGGCUCAGAAGAAGUCGAAGAUGAGAUCGAACAGUCUAUAGUUUUAGGUAAAAAUCAUAUAAAUUCAAGUACCGAAAUCCAGCAAACUAAGGAAGAUACUACUGCCAGCAUUGAAGAAGUAGCUCCAGCAAAGGAUAUUGAAAAAGUAUUUUUAUCUUCAGAGACGUGUGAGAAGAUUGAUGAGUGCUCAAAUGAGGAAAUGAAGGAUCAGUAUACUUCUGAACAGAAUGCAGUGACUAGUGACAGAAUAAUUACUGAGAGUUCGGAUAGUCUUUUGUAUGUCUGCAUUACGGCUGUGACAACCCUAUUAUUCUCCCUUGGUUAUUACCUGAUCGAAAACAAAAGACGUGAUGCAUAUCUGAUAGCCAAGAUAAACAAACUUGAAAAAGAUCUGAUGAUAACAAGGAAGGAAUGUAUAAUGUUGGAUGAUAAUUUCAAGUCUACAAAAACGAAAUUGGACUCUAUUGAGGACGAAUCGUUUGGAUCUAAUGAAAUGGUGUUAUCAAUCAAGUCCGAGUUGGAAGCUUCCGAAAAAGAAAAAGAAGAUUUGAAAGAUCAGAUUGCAUCACUGGAAAAGGAUCUGGAAGGCGCUUCGGAGGCCGGCUUGGAGUUGGAACGCAUGCUACGUGAGAUUCUUGCAACCCAAAGCGAAGAUAAUCCACUAGCUCAAUCCAUUCAGGACUUGCAGGAUCGUCUUAACGAUCAGCAAAACGUCAACGUAACUUUGACGAACUCUCUUGCUCUCAAGACUCGGGAGCUUGACUUUCACAAGCUUGAGAAUGAAACCUUAACAGGAGAUCUUCAAAUCAGUUUAAAAACUAUUGAGCAGCAGAAAUUUGAAAUUGCCAAGUUAUCAGAAGAACUUUAUGAAGAAACAAAUUCAAAGAUGGGCUUGGAGCAAUCUUUGGUGGAUCAGUUGCAACAGCUUAAAGCUCAAGUCAAAUACUUGACUGAUGAUAAGUCUCACUUAUGUAAACAAUUAAAAAUGAAGGAACUAGAGGUCAAAGAGCUUUUUGGAGUAGUAGAGCAGUGUAACUUAAAUAAUUUGGAUUUCGAAAAGUUGUAUGAAGUCUCCCACAUUAAAGCUGAGGCUGCUCAUCUGCAAGAUGAGAGAGAUGAACUAAAGAUUAAACUAAGUGAGGAGGAAGGUGCACAUCAAUUACUUGAAGAACACGUCAAACUUGUAAGAGAGGAAGUUGCAGUUCUGAGUGAACAGUGCAAAGCAGCAGAAAAAGAGAAAAAAGAUGCAGAGACGCGGCUCGAGGUGUUGACUAAGUUCUUUGAAGAAAAAGAAGCUCAGCGGCAAAAGGAAGAAGCACUUUGGCUAGAAAAGCAGGGUGAGCAUUCGUCUACAGUAGAAAGGAUACAGACAAUGCAAAACGAAUUACUUAAUUACAAACAACAAGUGGAAAUGUUGAAACAUGAGAUCCUAGAUCAAGAGAGGGAGUACAAAAAUCAGAUAGCUGUUCUUGAAACAAAAGCACACGAGCAUUGGGUGGCCGCGAGACAACAUGAAAGGCGCUUGGAAGAAGUCAAGGCUGAAUCGAGUCAGUUACGCAACCGACUUACACUCGUCGAAAAAAAUUUAAACGAUACCGAUCCUGAAAACAAACUGCAUCGCCUGCAGCAUCUGGCGACCGCAAACGGCGACGCAUUAGGCGUCGUGCAUCCGCUGUUUCAAGGUGGCCCCGGCGAGAAUUCGGCCUCACCUCUGAUGUUUGCCGGUGGGCCGAUACCCCCGCCGUCCUACAUGUACGGCGGAAUGCCACUGCCACCGCCACCACAUUUUUUACCACCUCCUUUUCCUUCGGGAGGCAGUGGUGGCAUUGAAUCCAGCGUAGGCUCGCGACCGGCGCCCCUCGGAGGCGGACGGCUCUCCUCUCCCCCGCCCUCAGGCCGACCCGGUUCGCCAUCCCGGAUAUCGCCUCCCCCGCUGCUCCACCAUGGUUUUCCGCAUCCACACCACACGCUGCGCUCACCCCCGCCGCUACCCCCAUUCGCUGGUGACGUUCCUCUGCCACCGCCCCCGUUACACCAUCAUCACCCGCCGCACAUGAUGCCCCCGCCGCCAUUUCUCCACCCCACGCAUCAGCGGCAUCCGCAUCAGACACAGCAGCCGCAACAGGACGGGAUGAGCAAUUGGGCGGGUGACUUACUGCCAGGCACGAGAAAUUCAGCUGCCUUCCACGUGCAGCAGCGAUCCCGCAAUCACAAAGGUUCGUGACAAUGUUUGUUCCCCGCUCGGAGGUUGAGCGGCGUCUUGGUCUGCCUUUUGGCUUCUUUGGGCUGCUUUGGAUCUUAAUAAGUAUGAUGUUUCAUUGAAUCCGGUGUCGCACGAUCCUUGCUUG